AUGGGCACGGACGAGCCGGCGGACUCGUCAGCCCAGGAGGACGAUCUGCCUGGGGGCCAUGCUGGGGAGCCUGGGGCGCUGAAGGGAAUCCACGAGCAGCGGGAGGUGCGGUGGAUCGACGAGAUGCGCUGGAUCAGCGAGGACCGGGGUCGAGGUGCUGCGGAGGCAGGUGCUUGGGGAGGAGGUGCUUGCGAUGUGAUGUCUGCGUGCGGCUGGAGUGACCGUUCCGAUGUAAUUCCCCUCGCAAAAUCCACCAUGCUCUCCGAUCCACUCGAGCUCAAUCACAUCACACCCCCCUCAGGCGACUCCGAGAAAUUGGAGCCCACGAAAAUUCACGACAGGGAGGACGUCGAGUAUCCCCGCGGGAUGAAGCUCGCGUUGAUCGUCCUCGCGCUGUGUCUGUCCGUUUUUCUGGUCGCCUUGGAUAAUACCAUCAUCGCGACCGCAAUCCCAAAAAUUACCGACCAGUUCAACAGCUUGGCUGAUGUCGGGUGGUAUGGCUCUGCAUAUCUGCUCACGACGUCCGCGUUCCAAUUGCUGUUCGGGCGCUUCUACUCGAUCCUCUCUCUCAAAUGGGUAUACGUCGCUGCGAUCGUCAUCUUUGAGCUGGGGUCCCUCAUCUGCGGUGUCGCGCAAAACUCGACGACGCUCAUCGUGGGACGCGCCAUCGCCGGUCUGGGCAGCUCUGGCAUCUUUUCCGGCGCGCUCAUUAUCAUCGCCAACUCCGCCCCGCUCGAGCGACGGCCGAUGUUCUCGGGGAUCAUUGGGUCGAUGUAUGGCAUGGCCAGCGUGGCCGGCCCGCUGCUGGGAGGUGCUUUCACCGACAAAGUGACGUGGAGGUGGUGCUUCUACAUCAAUCUCCCGCUAGGAGCGGUGACGCUCUUGACUAUCGUCAUCUUCUUCAAGUCUCCGCCGCGCGUCAAGGCUCGCGGAAACCUGACUCUUGUCGAAAAAAUACGCCGAUUCGACCCUGUCGGAACGCUCGUCUUUGUCCCAGCCAUCAUCUGUCUGCUGCUCGCGCUGCAGUGGGGUGGGUCGAGAUAUGCCUGGUCGAACGGGCGGAUCAUCGCGCUCUUUGUGGUCGCCGCUCUUCUUCUCUCUGUCUUCGUCGCAGUCCAGAUCCGGGAGCAGGAGAACGCAACGGUGCCUCCGCGGAUCUUGCAGCAGCGCAGCAUUCUCGCCGGAGCAUGGUUCAUGUUCUUCACCGGCGCAUCGUACUUUCUUCUUGUGUACUACCUCCCGCUCUGGUUCCAGGCCAUCAAGGGCGUCUCCGCCGUGAAAUCCGGCAUUGAUAAUCUGCCGCUGAUCAUGUCCCUCGUCGUCGCUUCCCUCAUCGCCGGUGUCCUCGUCUCGGUCACCGGGUACUACACACCGUUCGCGAUCGCGGCGUCUGUGCUCAUCGCCAUCGGAGCGGGGCUGAUCUCGACCUUCACCCCGACGACUGGCCACGCGCACUGGAUCGGGUACCAGGUCGUCUACGGACUGGGGAUGGGAUGCGGGACCCAGCAGCCGAUCUUGGCAGCGCAGGCGGUGCUCAAGAUUGAGGAUGUCCCCACCGGGACCGCCGUGAUGGCAUUCCUCCAAGUGCUCGGCGGCGCGCUGGGCGUCUCGAUCAGCCAAAACGUGUUCACGAACACGCUCAUCUCCCGCGUCGCCUCCCGCGCGCCGAACGUCAGCGUCUCGACCGUCAUCCACGCCGGCGCCACGAACCUGCGCACCGCAGUCCCCGCUGCCGACCUCCCGGGCGUGCUGCUGGCAUACAACGAUGCGCUGAUGGCGGCCAUCUAUGUCUCUGUAGCUACAGGCGCACUCUCGGUGUUUGGGGCCCUCGCGCUCGAGUGGAAGAGCGUGAAGAAGCGUCCGAGUGGGGAUGUUGAUGCCGGGGGCUAGGGCACAGGGCUGUCCCCUGAUUCUGUUCACUUUAGAGUAGACAUUCUGUUAAUCGUUGAAUCGGCAGAGAAAUCACUGGUUCCUCUGCUCAAAAAAAUCUUUUCUGGGGGUGUUCCCACCUGGAUUGCACGCUUUUCUCAAGCUCUGAUGGAGAAUACUCGUUCGGACACGCGCGAACACCGACGAUCUUUCUGGGCACGUGGUGUUGCAUGACAUCUGCAACACGAGCACGUGCCAUCCGUCACCCGGGCUUGCUCUCGACCGCCGACGACUGUACGACGGAAAAUGCCAUUGCUCGCGCCGUCCUCGCCCCCGCCAUCUUCUGCGACUUCGAGAAAUGUUGAAUUAACGCCCGUAACCGCGCCAGAGGCGAUCUCUCAGCCUCCCGUGCCACCAGAUUCUAAACCCGACUCGACCGUCGCGUGACUGACACUGGAUCUGGAUGGUCUGCGCGCCGAGGCAGCGUGCUAACAAGGGGAUCCGGUUCUUGAGAAAUAGGACGUAUCCAACCAACGAUGUAGCGAUUUCCGUAAUUGACCAUCGUCCUGUCACAAGGCCUCUUCCUUCGCAUCUCCUUGAGAACCAUUCUUACGCACUGUCCAGACGAGGGCCACUUGCCAGGAAAAUAAUGAAAUUCUACAAUCCAAAAUUGCUGAGAGCGCCGACGACUGACCCUAAGCGGAUUUUCGCUGGUCGAUUCGCCUUGUGUAGAUCGUCUCCUUUCAAAUUGCACGCGUCCGAAGUAUCUAAGCUCCGGCCGAUGAUGUCCG